AUGAAUGCAGACCCGCCGCCACCGCCCUGGGUUUGGAUGGUCCCCGGCACCGCCGGGCUGCUCCGGCUUGGUGCCGGGGUCGCGCCCCCCCCGGUGCUGUUGCCCUCGGCGCAACCUGCCUCCGCCCCGCUGCUCCCGAGGCUGCCCGGCUGGCCAGCCCCGGGCGAGCCUCUGCUGCCCCUGCUGCCGCUGUCCUCUGCGCCAGACCACGCCGCCGUGCACCAUUAUCCCCUGCUCCACGGACAGUGGCUGUUUGGUGGUCAUUCUCCAUCCAUAGGACUAGCCCCCUCCUCUGCCGUGGAGUUGGUGCCCCUUUUCCCACAUGUCUGCCCUUCUACUCUGUCACCUCCUGUUGGGAAAAGCUGGAUAGAUAAGAGGAUGCCUAAUUACAAGAUCUUUUUUAAUAAUUCCUUUGCUCUGGACUCAACAUGGAUAUACCCUGAGGAAUCAGGACUCUUCCACAGCCAUGAAAAAACUCAUUUUCUGGCAAACCGAGUAACUCCAUCUCUGUCUAGGCCCGCUCCUGCCUCCAGGCCUCUCCCAACUGUGGUAUUAGCAGCUCAGCCAAUACCAGGUGGUUGCCAUGACAGCCUUAAGCCAAUCAGCAGGGGUCCCACCAUCACCAUCACUGCUGCCACAGCUGCUGCAGCUACUGCCAUGGUCUCUGUAGACCCUGAGGAACUCCGGGGUCUGAGCCCCUCCAUCAUGCAGCCCUGCCAUUUCCUGACAUUGACCCCCAUCAGAAUCCCCCUCCGGACUGCCCCAUUCUCAGAUAAAAGCAAAGAGCACAGCCGUGCACCCCGUCCCCCUGCUCUAAUGCUACGUGCCCCAGAGAGGAAAAGCUUGGUGGGAGACAAAGAGGAUAAGGAGCCUCCGCCCAUAUUGGUAAGAGGGGAGGAUACUGCAGCAAAAGGCAAUAAACCGGUGGCCUCCACGCCUGUGCCUGGAUCCCCCUGGUGUGUGGUCUGGACGGGCGAUGACCGGGUUUUCUUCUUCAACCCGACCAUGCAGCUGUCAGUCUGGGAGAAGCCAGUGGACCUGCAGAACCGUGGGGACCUCAAGAGAAUCAUCGAGGACCCACCCCACAAACGCAAGCUGGAGGCCUCAGCAACUGAAAGCAGUGAUGGAUCCAGUUCAGAAGAUGGCAGUGAGGACCAAAGUGUGAAAACCAAGAGGAACAGGACUGAAAGCUGUGAGAGCCCUGGACCAGAAGACACACAGCAAGUGGACAAGGGACCCCAGACGCCACCCCCACAGAUUCUCCUACCCCUGGAAGAGCGUGUGACCCAUUUCAGAGACAUGCUGCUGGAGAGAGGGGUGUCAGCGUUUUCUACUUGGGAGAAAGAAUUGCAUAAAAUUGUGUUUGAUCCACGGUAUCUCCUGCUAAACUCUGAGGAACGAAAACAGAUAUUCGAGCAGUUUGUCAAGACGAGAAUGAAAGAAGAAUACAAGGAAAGGAAAAGUAAAUUGCUCUUAGCCAAAGAAGAAUUCAAGAAACUCCUAGAAGAAUCGAAAGUGUCACCCAGGACCACAUUUAAAGAGUUUGCAGAGAAGCACGGCCGGGACCAGAGAUUUCGUCUUGUUCAGAAGCGAAAGGAUCAGGAGCACUUUUUCAACCAGUUCAUACUUAUCCUAAAGAAACGGGACAAGGAAAACAGACUAAGGCUCCGGAAGAUGAGAUGAGUCUGUGCAAAUGCAAUACGACAGUGGACAGCUGAGUGUGCACUUGGGGGGACAGAGGUGGCAGUGGCCGGCUGCUCUGCCCAGUUCAGGUGGCCGGGGCACUGGAUGUUCUCAGAGAAUUACUGUUUCAUAUUGAAGCUCCCUCUUUUGUACAUUGU